GACAAAAUUACCACUACAUAUAACAGAGGUAGCAUUUUUUUCUGGCCACCAGUUCAUUGUCUGUCUGCUCUGCAUCCAUCUUCACCCGUUUUGCGUUGCACACCGGAAACCAUACGCGCCACACGUACCACUGCCUAAACUGAAACUCACUGGUCUUUUUUUUUAUAAUUAGCGGAAUUGGCAAACAGCUUUCAGAGAGAAUGUUUUGUCAUGUCUACACAUGCAUUUAUUUAUUUCAUAAAAUCGCAGCAUUUUGCAUCAUAUAAUCGCACAGGCUUGAUAUCGUGAUUGCGAUUGCGAUAUGAUUAAUCGUGCAGCACUAUUGUAAAGUUUACUUGCAGAGGACCUUCCUUAUAUGUUUGGGAUGAUUGCACAAUGUCGGUGAAAAAAUAAUGAUGACUUCAUUUUGCAUCCUUUUUUUUUUUUUUUAGAAUUCGUGUUUCUUUUAGACCAGUGAGACUAAAGUGGUUGUUGGGUCAUUUAUCCAAGCUGUUUUGUCCAAGUCCCAGCUUUCUUUUAAUCAGAGGCUUUUAAACAGAUGGACUGAGACUUUGGUCUAAACAUGACUGGUGACGGAACUAAUCAGUGUUUCCACAUGAUUUCCACACGGACCGGUUAUUGCGGAACACUCGUACCAGCUGUUGGCAGGACUGUAGACGUGUACAUACAGAGUGGUUUAUAUUUUUAUAAGUUUUGCUUCAGGGUAAAAUUAAAGGUUGUUAAACUAAGUGGUGUUCAGCUGUAGGAGCGAUGGCCACAGUCGAAGAGCUGAAGUUUCGAAUCCGCGAACUAGAAAAUGAACUAAUAAAGUGCAAACAGCAUCGAAGCCAAGAGGAUUUUCAAAACCCAGUGUUUAGACCAAAGAUUGAAAAAAUGAGCGCCGAAGUUUUGGAUUCAAACCCUUAUAGCCGGCUGAUGGCUUUGAAACGCAUGGGAAUAGUUGAAGACUAUGAGAAAAUCCGCUCGUUUGCUGUGGCUGUGGUGGGGGUGGGAGGGGUGGGCAGCGUCACUGCAGAGAUGCUCACCAGAUGUGGCAUUGGUAAGUUGUUGUUGUUUGACUAUGACAAAGUGGAGCUGGCCAACAUGAACCGCCUCUUCUUCCAGCCGCAUCAAGCAGGGCUCAGCAAAGUGGAGGCAGCAGAGCACACAUUGAGGAGUAUCAAUCCAGAUGUUAUAUUUGAGACGCACAAUUACAACAUCACCACUGUGGACAACUUCACACAUUUUAUGGAGCGCAUCAGUAAUGGUGGACUUCAAGAGGGAAAGAGUGUGGAUUUGGUGUUGAGUUGUGUGGAUAAUUUUGAGGCUCGAAUGGCCAUUAACACUGCUUGUAAUGAACUGGGACAGACCUGGAUGGAGUCUGGAGUGAGUGAGAAUGCUGUGUCUGGACACAUACAGCUCAUCAUUCCAGGGGAAACCGCAUGCUUUGCUUGUGCGCCUCCACUGGUCGUGGCAGCAAACAUUGAUGAGAAGACUCUAAAGCGGGACGGGGUGUGUGCCGCCAGUCUGCCCACCACCAUGGGUGUUAUUGCUGGGAUCCUGGUGCAGAAUGUCCUGAAGUAUCUGCUUAGGUUUGGAACAGUGAGCUUUUACCUGGGCUAUAACGCCAUGCAGGACUUUUUCCCUACUAUGGCCAUGAAAGCCAACCCACAGUGUGAUGACAUACAGUGCAGGAGGCAACAGGAUGAGUACAAAAAAAAAGAAGCUGAGCGUCCCAAACCGGACGUAGUGGAGAAGGAGGAGGAGGAAGUGGUGCAUGAAGAAAACGAGUGGGGGAUCGAGCUGGUGUCUGAAAUCACAGCGGUGGAGCUUCAGGAUGCAUCAGGUCCAAAACCAGAUUUACCAGAGGGCAUAACUGUGGCCUACACCAUCCCCAAUAAGGAUGGGGAACUAAAUUCAGACGAGACUGUGGAAGAGACAGACCAGAGUCUGGAAGAGUUGAUGGCACAGAUGAAGAAAUUGUAAAGGCAGAUGGUCCAAGUUUGCAUAAACACACUGUGCCCUGAGGAGCUACAGUCCACUACCAUUAUACAGUCUUGUUGUCAGGUUAACAAACGUCUCUGUUUUUGUAAAGACAUUACAGCUGCAGCAAAUAGUAUACACUGACUGACCAUGAUUGCUCCAUUUAUUCAGCUUUUUAAGAGCUUAAAAAGAUAAAUGGGGAUGUUGAUGUUAAUAAAAACUAUAUAUUAAUUAGAUAUUUCAUCAAAGUUUGUUUAGCUCAAGUGAAAAUGAAAUACAGACAGUUGUGAGAAUCAAUGUUAAAUCUUUCUAUCUUUAACAUUCAUUUGUUAUUUCAAUUGCUCAAAGAGCCUUGAGCUCCAGAUGUCCUUGCUCAAUAAAGUAUUUAUUGACAUUCA